AUGCCUAUUGCUCCCCAGCUGGAGCACAGCUUCACUCUAUGCGUUGAUUUGGAUCAACCUCUCGAUUUUGGCUCCACUGCAUCUGGUGAUAGAAGAUUCAUCCCUAUUACCGGUGGUAGCGUAUCUAAACCUAAGCUAAGCGGCAAGAUCAUACCCAAUUCAGGGGGUGAUUGGAAUGCCGUGCGUUCAGACGAUGUGGUGCAUGUUUAUGCACGAUACUCGAUACAAGCCGAUGACGGUACCAUGAUUGGUAUUAUCAACGAAGGAUACGGCCGAGCUAGUCAAAAAGCCAUGAAAACCGUUUUUGAAAACAAAGAUCCCUCGUCAGCGUCGAUGACAAACGGAGGAAAGGAUUGGUACACGCGCACCAUCCCCAAGUUCGAGGUUUCCACGGACAACAAGAAGUUCCAGUGGCUGCCCAGCUCGGUAUUCUUGGGAGUUUCGAAGCCUCCAACCCGGCCAGGAUACGUUGAGAUUGAUAUUUUUGAGGUUUUAUAG